AACUAAACUCCACAGAAGUUCAUCACAUUAUAAUCCCUUCGAAAUGCCUGCACCGCCUCGGGUAGAAAUCAUUGAUGGCAUUAAGACCUUCAUUCCACUCGAGAACAAUCCUGAUAUCCUAAAACUUCUUUGUGAGAAUCUCCAGAUCUCAUUGGAUCUCGACUUUCAUGACAUUAUCUCAACCUCUCCAGCAUUCCUUCAAGAGUGUUAUUUCCGACCUUGUCACGCGAUUAUUGUCCUCGCGCACCGGUCUAUAUAUCAAGCUGCCCGCUCAGCAGUUGAGCCAACGAUAUCAGAGUACAAAGGUUCAGGUCCCAAUGAACCAGUUAUAUGGAUGAAACAGACUAUCGGCCAUGCUUGUGGGCUGAUGGCUCUCCUGCACGUGGUCUUCAACCUAGAAGGUGGUCGAUAUGUGCGCCCUGGCACGGCAAUAGACGCACUCCGUCAGCAAGCUAUUCUUCUUGGGCCCACAGAGCGAGCCCAGUUGCUGUAUGACUCCAGUUUUCUUGAAGAGGCGCACAUGGAUGCGGCAUCGCGUGGAUCUUCGAAUGUCCCCUCACCUCGAGAGGAUAAUCAACACCAUUUCUUGGCCUUCGUGCACAAGGAUGGGAAAGUCUGGGAGUUGAAUGGAGGGAUGAAUGGACCCUUAUUCCGAGGAGUACUCGGUGAAGGGGAGGAUCUCUUAAGUGAGCGAGGGCUGGAGCUCACUGUUCAAGACUUCUUGAUUGCUGCUGAACAGACUGGAUGCGAUGAGAUGAGUAUCGUCGCAAUCACUGGGGCUGACGCUGUGGCACAAGGUUGACCAUGAGAAACAUAGCUUCGUGAGGCUGGCAGUUACAUUAUCAUGAUUGCAUCUGGGUUGUGGAGCAAUUUCCAAUGAAAAGGGGCACCGAAAACCGUUGAUGGUCUGUCCACCGCUCGAGGAAACGUUCAAGUCAUAGUAGUUACGUGGAGACUUGAUACAGAAGCUUCUGAAAAUCUACAGACUCUAAGUGUAGAUCGUUUCACUAACCGUUUGUAGCAGUUCAAUGCGAUCUUCUUCUAAGAAGAUCUCCUGAUACGGUAAAAUAAAAACACAUACUUAUAUU